UGGCCCUCUUUACAGGGAGGGGGCAGAUGAAGUCAUUUGUGUGGCAGGUCUCUGGUGGGUAUGAUGGAGGGACCAGGGCAGGACACACACCCUCUUAAUGGAUCUUUAUUUUGGCUUUCUCAGGAUGGGCCUCCUCCAGGCCUAGGCCGAGUGAUUGGUGAGCUGGGAGAGGACGGGUGGAUAAGGGUCCAGUGGGACACGGGCAGCACCAACUCGUACAGGAUGGGGAAAGAAGGAAAGUACGACCUCAAGCUGGCGGAGCUGCCAGCCUCUGCACAGCCGUCGGCGGAGGACUCGGACACAGAAGAUGACUCAGAAGCUGAACAAAUUGAAAGGAACAUUCACCCCACAGCAAUGAUGCUUACCAGCACGAUUAACUUACUGCAGACUCUCUGUCUCUCUGCUGGAGUGCAUGCCGAAGUCAUGCAGAGUGAAGCCACCAAGACUCUGUGUGGCCUGCUGCGAAUGUUAGUGGAAAGCGGAACCACGGACAAGACACCUUCUCCAAACAGGCUGGUGUACAGAGAGCAGCACCGGAGCUGGUGCACACUUGGGUUUGUGCGGAGCAUCGCGCUCACGCCGCAGGUGUGCGGCGCCCUCAGCUCCCCACAGUGGAUCACGCUGCUCAUGAAGGUCGUGGAGGGGCACGCGCCCUUCACCGCCGCCUCACUGCAGAGGCAGAUCUUGGCUGUGCACUUAUUGCAAGCAGUCCUCCCAUCCUGGGACAAGACAGAAAGGGCCGGGGACAUGAAGUGCCUUGUGGAAAAGCUGUUUGGCUUCUUGGGCAGUAUGCUCACUACCUGUUCUUCUGACGUGCCAUUACUCAGAGAGUCCACACUGAGGCGGCGCAGGGCCCGCCCACAGGCCUCGCUGACCGCCACCCACAGCAGCACUCUGGCAGAAGAGGUGGUGGCACUGCUUCGCACGCUGCACUCCCUGACCCAGUGGAACGGACUCAUCAACAAGUACAUCAACUCCCAGCUCCGCCUGGUCACCCACAGCUGCUCAGGAAAGCCGUCGGAGGGGGCCCUGCUAGAGGACUACUUCCCCGACACCGAGAACCCGGAAGUGGGAGGCCUUAUGGCCGUCCUGGCUGUGAUCGGAGGGAUUGACAGUCGCCUGCGUCUGGGGGGCCAAGUCAUGCAUGAUGAAUUUGGAGAAGGCACCGUGACUCGCAUCACCCCGAAAGGCAAAAUCACUGUGCAGUUCUCUGACAUGCGGACAUGUCGCGUUUGCCCGUUGAAUCAGCUGAAACCACUCCCUGCUGUGGCGUUCAACGUGAACAACCUGCCUUUCACAGAGCCCAUGCUCUCUGUCUGGGCUCAGCUGGUGAACCUUGCUGGAAGCAAAUUGGAAAAGCACAAAAUAAAGAAAUCACCUAAACAGGCUUUUGCAGGACAAGUGGACCUGGACCUGCUGCGGUGCCAGCAGUUAAAGCUGUACAUACUGAAAGCAGGCCGAGCACUGCUCUCCCACCAAGAUAAACUGAGGCAGAUCUUGUCUCAGCCUGCUGUUCAGGAUACAGGCACUGUUCAUACAGAUGAUGGAGCAGCUGCAUCACCCGACCUUGGGGACCUGUCCCCUGAAGGGCCACAGCCCCCCAUGAUCCUCUUGCAGCAGUUGCUGGCUGCGGCCACCCAGCCAUCCCCUGUGAAGGCCAUAUUCGAUAAACAGGAACUGGAGGCUGCUGCCCUCGCCGUAUGCCAGUGUUUGGCUGUGGAAUCCACUCACCCUUCGAGCCCAGGCUUUGAAGAUUGCAGCUCCAGUGAGGCCACCACGCCUGUCACCGUGCAGCACAUUCGCCCUGCCAGGGUGAAGAGGCGCAAGCAGUCACCUGUUCCUGCUCUGCCUAUUGUGGUGCAGCUCAUGGAAAUGGGAUUUCCCCGAAGGAACAUAGAGUUUGCACUGAAAUCACUCACUGGUGCUUCUGGGAAUGCAUCUGGCUUGCCUGGAGUGGAAGCCUUGGUUGGGUGGCUGCUGGACCACUCUGACGUGCAGGUCACAGAGCUCUCGGACGGAGACACAGUGUCUGAUGAGUAUUCAGACGAAGAGGUGGUGGAGGAUGUGGAUGAUGCAGCCUACUCUGUGUCUACUGGUGCUGUUGUGACGGAGAGCCAGACCUACAAAAAACGAGCUGAUUUUUUGAGUAAUGAUGAUUAUGCUGUGUAUGUGAGAGAAAAUAUUCAGGUAGGAAUGAUGGUUAGAUGCUGUCGAACAUAUGAAGAAGUGUGUGAAGGUGACGUGGGCAAAGUCAUCAAGCUGGAUAGGGAUGGAUUACAUGACCUCAACGUGCAGUGUGACUGGCAGCAGAAAGGGGGCACCUACUGGGUUAGGUAUAUUCAUGUGGAACUUAUAGGCUAUCCUCCACCAAGUUCUUCUUCCCACAUCAAGAUUGGUGAUAAAGUACGGGUCAAAGCCUCUGUUACCACACCAAAAUACAAAUGGGGAUCUGUGACUCAUCAAAGUGUAGGGGUUGUGAAAGCUUUCAGUGCCAAUGGAAAAGAUAUCAUUGUCGACUUUCCUCAGCAGUCUCACUGGACUGGGUUGUUAUCAGAAAUGGAGUUGGUUCCUAGUAUUCAUCCUGGGGUUACGUGUGAUGGCUGUCAAAUGUUUCCUAUCAAUGGAUCCAGAUUCAAAUGCAGAAACUGUGAUGAUUUUGAUUUUUGUGAAACAUGUUUCAAGACCAAAAAACACAACACCAGGCAUACAUUUGGCAGAAUAAAUGAACCAGGACAGUCAGCAGUAUUUUGUGGCCGUUCUGGAAAACAGCUGAAGCGUUGUCACAGCAGUCAGCCUGGAAUGUUGCUGGACAGCUGGUCCCGCAUGGUGAAGAGCCUGAACGUGUCAUCUUCGGUGAACCAGGCAUCUCGUCUGAUUGAUGGCAGCGAGCCCUGCUGGCAGUCAUCUGGAUCGCAAGGGAAGCAUUGGAUUCGUUUGGAGAUUUUCCCAGAUGUUCUUGUUCAUAGAUUAAAAAUGAUAGUAGAUCCUGCAGACAGCAGCUACAUGCCUUCCCUGGUUGUAGUGUCAGGUGGAAAUUCCCUAAAUAAUCUAAUUGAACUAAAGACAAUCAAUAUUAACCCUACUGACACCACAGUGCCCCUUUUAAAUGACUGCACAGAGUAUCACAGGUAUAUUGAAAUUGCCAUAAAGCAGUGCAGAAGCUCAGGGAUCGAUUGUAAAAUCCACGGUCUCAUCCUGCUGGGACGGAUCCGUGCGGAGGAGGAGGAUUUGGCUGCAGUCCCUUUCCUAGCUUCAGACAAUGAGGAAGAAGAAGAUGAUAAAGGCAACAGUGGAAGCCUUAUCAGGAAGAAGGCUGCAGGGCUGGAAUCAGCAGCUACGAUAAGAACCAAAGUGUUUGUGUGGGGACUGAAUGACAAGGACCAGCUGGGCGGGCUGAAAGGCUCUAAGAUAAAGGUUCCUUCAUUCUCUGAGACUCUGUCUGCUUUGAAUGUGGUACAGGUGGCUGGUGGUUCUAAAAGUUUGUUUGCAGUGACUGUGGAAGGGAAGGUAUACGCCUGUGGAGAAGCCACAAACGGCCGGUUGGGGCUGGGCCUCUCCAGCGGGACAGUGCCCAUCCCACGGCAGAUCACAGCACUCAGCAGCUACGUGGUCAAGAAGGUGGCUGUCCACUCAGGUGGCCGGCACGCUACAGCUUUAACUGUCGAUGGGAAAGUGUUUUCAUGGGGUGAAGGUGAUGAUGGAAAACUUGGACACUUCAGCAGAAUGAACUGUGACAAGCCAAGGCUGAUAGAGGCCCUGAAAACCAAGCGUAUCCGGGAUAUCGCCUGUGGGAGCUCACAUAGCGCGGCUCUCACGUCCAGUGGUGAACUGUAUACCUGGGGCCUCGGAGAGUACGGCCGGUUGGGACAUGGGGAUAACACGACACAGCUGAAGCCCAAAAUGGUGAAAGUCCUUCUUGGUCAUAGAGUAAUCCAGGUUGCGUGUGGAAGUAGAGAUGCACAGACCCUGGCUCUGACUGAUGAAGGUUUGGUAUUUUCCUGGGGUGAUGGUGACUUUGGAAAAUUGGGCCGGGGAGGAAGUGAAGGCUGUAAUGUUCCCCAGAACAUUGAGAGACUAAAUGGACAGGGAGUAUGCCAGAUUGAGUGUGGAGCUCAGUUCUCCCUGGCUCUCACCAAGUCGGGAGUGGUGUGGACAUGGGGGAAGGGCGAUUACUUCAGGCUGGGCCAUGGCUCUGAUGUGCACGUGCGGAAGCCACAGGUGGUGGAAGGACUGAGAGGGAAGAAGAUCGUGCACGUGGCUGUAGGGGCCCUGCACUGCCUGGCGGUCACGGACUCAGGGCAGGUGUAUGCUUGGGGUGACAAUGAUCACGGCCAGCAGGGCAAUGGCACAACCACGGUUAAUAGAAAGCCCACACUAGUACAAGGCUUAGAAGGCCAGAAGAUCACGCGAGUAGCUUGUGGGUCAUCGCACAGUGUAGCAUGGACAACUGUCGAUGUGGCCACACCCUCUGUCCAUGAGCCUGUCCUCUUCCAGACUGCAAGAGACCCUUUAGGUGCUUCCUAUUUAGGUGUGCCUUCUGAUGCCGAUUCUUCUGCUACUAGUAAUAAAAUAAGUGGUACAAGUAAUUCUAAGCCAAAUCGCCCUUCUCUUGCCAAGAUUCUCCUGUCGUUGGAUGGAAAUCUGGCCAAACAGCAGGCCUUAUCGCAUAUCCUUACAGCACUGCAAAUCAUGUAUGCCAGAGAUGCGGUGGUGGGGGCCCUGAUGCCAGCUGGCAUGAUUGCCCCAGUGGAGUGUCCGUCCUUUUCCUCGGCACCCCCUUCUGAUGUGUCGGCCAUGGCUAGUCCCAUGAAUGGAGAGGAAUGCAUGCUGGCUAUUGAUAUUGAAGACAGACUGAGUCCAAAUCCAUGGCAAGAGAAGAGAGAGAUUGUCUCCUCUGAGGAUGCUGUGACCCCCUCUGCAGUGACUCCAUCUGCUCCCUCUGCCUCCUCUCGGCCAUUUAUCCCAGUGACAGAUGACCCAGGAGCUGCCAGCAUCAUUGCAGAAACCAUGACCAAAACCAAAGAGGAUGUUGAAAGCCAAAAUAAAGCAUCAGGCCCAGAGCCUCAGUCCUUGGAUGAGUUCACCAGCCUGCUGAUUGCCGACGACACCCGUGUGGUGGUGGACCUGCUCAAGCUGUCUGUGUGUGGCCGGGCUGGGGACAGGGGCAGGGACGUGCUGUCCGCUGUGCUGUCUGGCAUGGGCACUGCCUACCCUCAGGUGGCAGAUAUGUUGUUGGAGCUUUGUGUGACCGAGUUGGAGGACGUAGCCACAGACUCGCAGAGCGGCCGUCUUUCUUCUCAGCCUGUCGUGGUGGAGAGUAGCCAUCCCUAUACUGAUGACACUUCCACCAGUGGCACGGUGAAGAUACCAGGUGCAGAAGGACUCAGGGUGGAGUUUGACAGGCAGUGCUCCACGGAGAGGCGCCACGACCCUCUCACAGUCAUGGAUGGCGUCAACAGGAUCGUCUCUGUGCGGUCAGGCCGAGAGUGGUCCGACUGGUCCAGCGAGCUGCGCAUCCCUGGGGAUGAAUUAAAGUGGAAGUUCAUCAGUGAUGGGUCUGUGAAUGGAUGGGGCUGGCGCUUCACGGUCUAUCCCAUCAUGCCAGCCGCAGGUCCUAAAGACCUCCUUUCUGAUCGCUGCGUCCUCUCCUGUCCGUCCAUGGACUUGGUGACAUGUCUGUUAGACUUCCGACUUAAUCUCGCCUCCAACAGAAGCAUCGUCCCUCGCCUGGCGGCCUCGCUGGCAGCUUGUGCACAGUUGAGUGCCUUAGCUGCCAGUCACAGAAUGUGGGCUCUUCAAAGACUGAGGAAGCUGCUUACAACUGAAUUUGGGCAAUCAAUUAACAUAAAUAGGCUGCUUGGAGAAAAUGAUGGGGAAACAAGAGCUUUGAGUUUUACAGGCAGUGCUCUUGCUGCUUUGGUGAAAGGCCUUCCAGAAGCUUUGCAAAGGCAGUUUGAGUAUGAAGAUCCUAUUGUGAGAGGUGGCAAACAGCUGCUCCACAGUCCAUUCUUUAAGGUGCUAGUAGCUCUUGCUUGUGACCUGGAACUAGACACUCUCCCUUGCUGUGCGGAGACGCACAAGUGGGCUUGGUUCCGGAGAUACUGCAUGGCCUCCCGAGUUGCUGUGGCCCUGGACAAAAGAACACCAUUGCCCCGUCUGUUUCUUGAUGAGGUGGCUAAGAAAAUACGUGAAUUAAUGGCAGACAGCGAAAAUAUGGAUGUUCUCCACGAGAGCCAUGACAUUUUUAAAAGAGAGCAAGAUGAACAACUCGUGCAGUGGAUGAACAGGCGGCCAGAUGACUGGACUCUUUCUGCUGGUGGCAGUGGAACGAUUUAUGGAUGGGGACAUAAUCAUCGGGGGCAGCUUGGGGGCAUCGAAGGUGCAAAAGUCAAAGUUCCCACUCCAUGUGAAGCCCUUGCAACACUUAGACCAGUGCAGUUAAUUGGAGGAGAACAGACUCUCUUUGCUGUGACGGCUGAUGGGAAGCUGUAUGCCACUGGGUAUGGUGCAGGUGGCAGACUAGGAAUUGGAGGGACAGAGUCGGUAUCUACCCCAACAUUGCUUGAAUCCAUUCAGCAUGUGUUUAUUAAGAAAGUAGCUGUGAACUCAGGAGGAAAACACUGCCUUGCCCUCUCUUCAGAAGGAGAAGUUUACUCUUGGGGUGAGGCAGAAGAUGGGAAGUUGGGGCAUGGCAACAGAAGUCCAUGUGACCGCCCUCGCGUCAUCGAGUCUCUGAGAGGAAUUGAAGUGGUUGACAUUGCUGCUGGUGGAGCCCACAGUGCCUGCGUCACAGCAGCUGGGGACCUGUACACAUGGGGCAAGGGCCGGUAUGGCCGCCUGGGGCACAGCGACAGUGAGGACCAGUUAAAGCCAAAGCUGGUGGAGGCGCUGCAGGGCCACCGUGUGGUUGACAUUGCCUGUGGCAGUGGUGACGCCCAGACCCUCUGCCUCACAGAUGAUGACACCGUCUGGUCCUGGGGAGAUGGGGACUACGGCAAGUUGGGCAGAGGAGGCAGUGAUGGUUGCAAAGUGCCAAUGAAGAUUGAUUCUCUUACAGGCCUGGGAGUGGUUAAAGUGGAAUGCGGAUCCCAGUUUUCAGUGGCUCUUACUAAAUCUGGAGCUGUUUAUACAUGGGGCAAGGGUGAUUAUCACAGGCUGGGCCAUGGAUCUGAUGACCAUGUUCGAAGACCUCGGCAGGUUCAAGGGCUGCAGGGGAAGAAAGUCAUCGCCAUUGCCACUGGCUCCCUGCACUGCGUGUGCUGCACAGAGGAUGGUGAAGUUUACACAUGGGGUGACAAUGACGAGGGACAACUAGGAGAUGGAACAACAAAUGCUAUCCAGAGGCCUCGGUUGGUAGCUGCCCUUCAGGGUAAGAAGGUCAACCGUGUGGCCUGCGGCUCAGCACACACCCUCGCCUGGUCGACCAGCAAGCCCGCCAGUGCUGGCAAGCUCCCCGCACAGGUCCCCAUGGAGUACAAUCACCUGCAGGAGAUCCCCAUCCUGGCACUGAGGAACCGGCUGCUGCUGCUGCAUCACAUCUCAGAGCUCUUCUGCCCCUGCAUCCCUAUGUUUGACCUGGAGGGCUCUCUCGAUGAAACUGGACUUGGGCCUUCAGUUGGGUUUGACACUCUACGAGGAAUUCUGAUAUCCCAGGGAAAGGAGGCAGCUUUCCGAAAAGUGGUACAAGCAACUAUGGUGCGAGAUCGCCAACAUGGGCCUGUUGUGGAGUUGAACCGAAUUCAGGUCAAGCGCUCCAGGAGCAAAGGGGGGCUGGCCGGCCCUGACGGCACCAAGUCCGUCUUUGGGCAGAUGUGUGCCAAGAUGAGCUCGUUCAAUCCCGACAGCCUCCUCCUUCCUCACCGUGUCUGGAAAGUCAAGUUUGUGGGUGAAUCUGUGGAUGACUGCGGAGGCGGCUACAGCGAGUCCAUAGCUGAGAUCUGUGAGGAGCUGCAGAAUGGACUCACACCCCUGCUGAUUGUGACACCCAAUGGGAGGGACGAGUCCGGGGCCAACCGAGACUGCUACCUGUUCAACCCUGCUGCGAGGGCGCCCGUGCACAGCAGCAUGUUCCGCUUCUUGGGUGUGUUAUUGGGUAUCGCCAUCCGGACCGGGAGUCCCCUGAGCCUCAGCCUGGCUGAACCCGUAUGGAAGCAGCUGGCCGGGAUGAGCCUCACCAUUGCAGACCUCAGUGAGGUUGAUAAAGAUUUUAUUCCUGGGCUCAUGUACAUCCGUGACAAUGAAGCCACUUCAGAGGAGUUUGAAGCCAUGAGCCUGCCCUUCACGGUGCCGAGUGCCAGUGGCCAGGACAUCCAGCUGAGUUCCAAGUACACACACAUAACCCUGGACAACCGCGCAGAGUACGUCCGGCUGGCAAUAAACUACAGACUCCAUGAAUUUGAUGAGCAGGUGGCUGCUGUUCGGGAAGGGAUGGCUCGAGUUGUGCCCGUCCCUCUUCUUUCUUUGUUCACUGGAUACGAAUUGGAGACGAUGGUGUGCGGCAGCCCUGACAUCCCUCUGCAUCUUCUAAAGUCGGUGGCGACAUAUAAGGGGAUUGAGCCUUCCGCAUCCCUGAUCCAGUGGUUCUGGGAGGUGAUGGAGUCCUUCUCCAACACAGAGCGUUCCCUCUUUCUUCGCUUUGUGUGGGGCCGGACGAGGCUGCCCAGGACAAUUGCUGACUUCCGGGGCAGAGACUUUGUCAUCCAGGUAUUGGAUAAAUACAACCCUCCUGACCACUUCCUUCCCGAAUCCUACACCUGUUUCUUUUUGCUGAAGUUGCCCAGGUAUUCCUGUAAACAGGUGCUGGAGGAGAAGUUGAAAUACGCCAUCCACUUUUGCAAAUCCAUAGACACAGACGAUUAUGCUCGCAUAGCCCUUACGGGAGAGCCAGCUGCCGAUGACAGCAGUGAUGACUCGGAUAAUGAGGAUGUGGAUUCGUUUGCUUCAGACUCUACGCAGGAUUAUUUAACAGGACACUAAGAUGGAGACAUAGCAAGAGACCGAGCAUGGAGGCAGAGCGUUACUGCUGAGAUUGCAGAAUGUACGAGGUAUCUGAUGAGAAAUGUCAGUCCUCAAAAUGUGUGGGGGGGAGGUGGAGAGGCUGACUGCUCGUGACUGGAAUAAUGAAGAGAAUGAUGAUGGGGAAAUUAGCCUGGGCACGUGGAACUCUAUGUGGACACUUGGCAUUUACUUUUGAAACUUAAAAGGGUCUUCUCACCCGUAAUGCUGCAUUACAUGUAGGACUCUGUGUUUACUAAAGUGUGUAAAUGUUUAUAUAAAUACUGAAUUGCAGCAUCCCAAAAAUGAAUAAAGCCUUUUUACUUGUGGGUGCAAUAGAUUUUUUUUUCUUUUUUCUUCAAGUGUCGUGAGUUUUUUGAUUGUAUAUUGGACAUACUGUGUAACAAUUAAAUCGUAUUAUAAAUAUUUCAAUUAAUUUUACUCUGAAUUUGUUUAUUAAAAGCUUUUUGAACAUUAAAUGAUCAGUAUUACUUGAAUGCAUCCAGAGGUUAUUUAAACCAAAACAAAAAACAAAAAGGCCAUCUGGUUCUCCCUCUUGUCCCCAGGUGUACUAUUUUAGCGUAUGCAUUAUGUAGUUUGAAUUGAGGCCUUUCUGUGAGCAGUAUCGUAACUCCUACCAUGAAAAGUGUACUAUAUAUAAUGUUUGUGUCAUGUAUAUGCCUAAAUUUUAAUUCCCUAUAAUAAAACAUCUGUCA